AUGAUUGCCAAGGCCUAUCACCUAAUGUUAAUUCACGGUGGGGGUCGGGCCACGCUUGCUACGAUAAGGCAAACCUACUGGCCCGUCAACGGAAGGAGAUUAGUCCGGAGUGUGCUGCGAAACUGCUUACGUUGUGUUCGAGCCAGUCCUGUUCCAGCAGCUCAACAGAUGGGGCAACUACCAGCUCAUCGUGUCACCGCUAGCAGACCAUUUACCAUUACCGGCGUCGACUUUGCGGGUCCAGUGUACCUGAAACCUCCAUACAAACGUGCAGCCGCGAUUAAGGCGUACAUCUGCAUAUUUAUUUGUUUUUGUACAAAGGCCGUCCAUAUCGAGCUGGUCGGCGAUCUAUCGACUCAAAUGUUUCUUUGUGCACUUCGUCGGUUCAUCGCCCGUCGCGGUCGGCCAAGUGACAUGUACUCCGACAACGGUAAAAACUUUGAAGGAGCAAAAAAUGAACUCGAUGAGAUACGACGAAUGCUUUAG